UUUUCUAAACUCCAUUUUCAUAAAUUGUGGCAUUCGUCAUCAUCAUUAUUAUUAUUGUAAUUGAUUUGAUUACGGUUGCCAUUUAAUAAUUCCAUUGAUCCUUAUUAGAACGAAAAGAUUAUCAUUUUAAACAUUUGGUCUAUUUCAUUUCAUCCAUCUCAUCAAUGUUCAAAAGUAACAACUUGUUGAUGUUAUUGCUGCAAGAUAAUCUAUAAAACCAACAACAAAAUUAUAAUGCUGAUAAUAAGAGAAAAAUUUGAAUCAUGUACACGUUCAUCAUUAUUAUUGACGACUACGAUCACAUUGAUAUUUCUAGCAAAUGUAUCUUGGGCAUUUUAUUUGCCUGGUUUAGCACCGGUUAAUUAUUGUGAAUUCAAUAAACCGGCCGAUAAUUGUCGUUCGGAUGUUAAAUUAUUUGUUAAUCGUUUAGAUUCCGAAGAUUCUGUUAUACCAUAUGAAUAUUCUCAUUUUGAUUUUUGUCAAGCAAUCAAUCAAAAUGAAGCACCGGUUGAAAAUCUUGGCCAAAUUGUAUUUGGUGAACGUAUUCGAGCUUCUCCAUAUAAUAUAAGUUUUCUGAAAAAUGAACAAUGUAAAUUUCUAUGCCAUAAACAAUAUGAUACAUCGAAACGUGAAGAUUUUGAAAAAUUAGAAGCAUUGAAAAAAGGUAUGAUGAAAAAUUAUCAACAUCGAUGGAUUGUGGACAAUAUGCCCGUUACAUGGUGUUAUAAUGUUGAUAAUUUUGGUGGACAGAAAUAUUGUUCAACUGGAUUUCCUAUGGGCUGUUAUGUGGAUAAAGAAGGCAUCGCUAAAGAUGCCUGCGUAAUGAACAUAUUAUUCAACAAAAAAGAUACAUUUUAUCUGUUCAAUCACGUUGAUAUAACUAUUACAUUUCAUAGUGGUCAAAAUGAAGCCUGGGGUGUUGGUUUUGGUGAUCAUGGUGGUCGAAUUAUUGCUGUGAAUAUUGUACCAAAAAGUAUACAACAUAAACAACAACCACAAACACCAUCCGAUUGUCCAUCAAAUCCAUUACCGAUGGAAAUUCCUAAUGAAUUGAGUAAAGAUCAAAUAAUCGAUGUCUAUUAUACAUAUUCAGUGUAUUUUACUAAAUAUAAUGAUAUAAAAUGGUCAUCAAGAUGGGAUUAUAUUCUUGAUUCAAUGCCACAUACGAAUAUUCAAUGGUUUUCAAUUCUUAAUUCAUUGGUCAUUGUUUUAUUUCUAACCGGUAUGGUAGCUAUGAUAUUGUUACGUACCCUUCAUAAAGAUAUUGCUCGAUAUAAUCAAAUUGAUCUUGAAGAUGAUGCUCAAGAAGAAUUUGGUUGGAAAUUAGUUCAUGGAGAUAUAUUUCGUUCCCCUCAACAUUGUAUGCUGUUGUCAGUAUUUCUUGGUUCUGGUGUUCAAGUUUUGUGUAUGACAGUGAUUACAUUGUUUUUCGCUUGUCUUGGAUUUUUAUCACCAGCUAAUCGUGGUGCAUUGAUGACCUGUGCUCUCAUACUAUAUGUUUGUCUUGGUACACCGGCCGGAUAUGUUUCGGCACGCAUCUACAAAUCAUGUGGUGGUUAUCGUUGGAAAAUGAACGUUCUGUUAACAUCACUUUUAUGUCCAGGCAUUGUAUUUUCAUUAUUUUUCGUUAUGAACAUCAUAUUAUGGAUCAAAGGUAGCUCGGCUGCAGUACCAUUCUCAACAUUGAUUGCUUUAUUGGCUUUAUGGUUCUUGGUAUCACUUCCAUUAACAUUUGUUGGAGCCUAUUUUGGUUUCCGUAAACGUGCAAUUGAACAACCGGUUCGAACAAAUCAGAUUCCACGACAGAUACCGGAACAAUCCGUAUAUACUAAACCAUUGCCCGGUAUUAUAAUGGGUGGAAUAUUACCAUUUGGCUGUAUAUUUAUUCAAUUAUUCUUCUUAUUGAAUAGUUUAUGGUCAAAUCAGACUUAUUAUAUGUUUGGAUUCUUGUUUCUAGUAUUUAUCAUAUUGAUAAUUACCUGUUCAGAAACAACAAUCCUAUUGUGUUAUUUUCAUCUAUGUGCUGAAGAUUAUCAUUGGUGGUGGCGAUCAUUUCUAACAUCUGGCUUUACAUCAUUCUAUUUGUUCGUUUAUUGUAUUCAUUAUUUUCUAACCAAACUAACCAUAACCGGAACAAUAUCGACAUUAUUAUAUUUUGGCUAUACAUUAAUCAUGGUAUUCUUAUUCUUUUUAUUAACCGGUACGGUUGGAUUUUUUGCCUGUUUAUGGUUCGUAAGAAAAAUCUAUAGCGUUGUCAAAGUGGAUUAAAAGUUUAAUAACACUAUAAUAAAUUCCAAUCAAAAUGAAAAAAAAAUAUCAAGAUCCAAUUGUACACGUAUCAUACAGACACACACACAAACAAACCCACAUGUGAAUCGUUUCAGUCAACGUUGUUUGUUCGCUUACAAAAGUAGGCGUUUUCAAAACACGUGUUUGAAUUUUUAAGAAACAAAAAAAAACUAUUGUAAUUAAUUAUUUAUUCUAAUGAUGAUUGAGAUGAA